ACUAGAGCCAACAGCAUCAUCAUUGUGAUAUAAUAAAGAUAAAUGUUCUGGAGCUGCAACCGAGUUUUUUAAUUCUCUCAAACUAAAUGAUAUCCACAACACUGGCCCAUUAAUAAUAAUAAUAAUAAUAAUAAUAAUAAUAAUAAUAAUAAUAAUAAUAAUAAUAAUAAUAAAGAAAAAAACAUCUUUAAAACUGAAAUGAAAAUCUUUAUAAAUAAGACCAAACUACAAUUAAACAACGUGUUGAAAGCUGUUGUGUGGUAGGUGGUGUCUAACCACACCUCCUUGUUCCGAUGAGUGGGACCAGUACAAAUAAUGAAAGCGUCUCCUCCAGACGCAUCUUUCAGUCCCUCUCUCAAGGCAACAGCACAAGUCAAAGUGUUUGGAGUAAAGGCAUGUUUUCCUCCAGCAACACGUGCCUUGACGGCUGCCCUGCUGUGCAUCUCUGCUCUCAUCAAGCUGAUUAUGUGCCAUCGAACUCAGACCCAUCAGAUGUUUAUGAAACUUCUCACAGUUACAGUGAUGACAUGCUACCGGAUGACGCCUUUUACAACAGCGGAGGCGCCGGCUCAAGUUCGAUCUGUUCCACUCAAUGGGAGCUCAACCGAGCCGGGGACUCCACAGAAGGACACCCACCUCCUGCAUCCAGGAGCUGUGGCCACAAUGACUGGAAUCUGAAUGACGGCCAUCACGCGAAGAGGGCUAGAGUAGAAAAUAUCAUCAAAGGCAUGAGCAGCUGUCCUGCUACGCUCUGUACAGACGUGACGAGGAGGACUGAAGAACUGCCCUCGCAUCAGGAACACAUGCAACGAACUGGACCUUGCAGCGCGACGCACGACCAAACAGAGCAGCUCGAGAGUCAGCAUCAGCAGCUUGAACGGCUCAGAACAAAGUUUCAGAAUGUGGAUCAAGCGAGUGAAGCUACUGACGGCGUUAAAGAAGGAAACCACCACCCCUGCAGCGAUUCUGGCACAUCUCAAGAAGCACUAGGAGAUUCAGACAGAGAUUCUGAAAUAUAUCAGGGAUGGAAGCGUGUGAAGAUGAUGAACUACUUUCAAAGCAGACCUGCAAAAAUAAAGCUCAUGGCAGACGUUCUGAAGGAUGAACUGUCCAAAGCUGUCAGCAGGAGCGUGGACUAUAUUUUCAAAAGCAUGCCACUGUCACUAGCCCAUGAGGACAGUGUAGGAGAUGCAUCCCCUCAGUCAUCAUGUAAAGGUAAUAACUGUAGACUUACCUGCUAUGGGAGUGCAGUGGUGAGGGUUCCAGAUGUUCAAACCGAAGCGCUGUCUCUGGUUGUACAAAAGCCACAACCGGAGAAACCUGACAAGUUUAUCCCUCAGUCCAGUUCAAGAGCUCAUCUGCCUCCAGAGCCUCCGGUUCCCUUUGGCGUCGACUUUGCUCUGCCUGAAGAUCAGCCACCAGAGAAGAAUCAGACCGCUGUUCGUCAGCAUGCUCUCUCACGCGCACAAGAUAGACACUCUGAGGGUGGUCAAGCAACGUUUAACACACACUGGAAUUCAGUCAAAGUAAGGUCAAAGGUCAACGCCAGGUCUGUGAGAAGGCUGCAGAAUCACACACUGUCGGUGGGUCAGCUGCUUUGUCUCCCUCAUGUCAAGAUUGAGCCCGAUAACCUGAUGAAGACUAACCCCUACAUGUUAAAUGAAGGGCUGAGCACGAACCAUCUGAAAAAAGCUAAGCUUAUGUUUUUCUACACUCGCUACCCGAGCUCACUGGUACUGAAGAAGUGUUUCCAUGAUGUGCAGUUCACACGCUGCAUCACCUCCCAGCUCAUCAAGUGGUUCAGUAACUUCAGGGAGUUCUUCUACAUCCAGAUGGAGAAGUUCGCCCGACACGCUCUCAUGGAAGGAGUGGCCGACGUGCGAGGUCUGACUGUGGGGAGAGAAUCAGAACUUUUCAGGGCUCUCAACGUGCACUACAACAAAGCCAACGACUUCCAGGUUCCAGACAGAUUUCUUGACGUUGCAGAGAUUACGCUGAGAGAAUUUUACAUUGCCAUUUCACUGGGCAAAGACCGCGAUCCAUCCUGGAAGAAGGCAAUCUACAAGGUGAUAUGUAAACUGGACAGUGACGUGCCAGCUGAUUUCCAAAGUCAUCACACUGGAUGAAAGAAUGAUCAUGUGCCACAGUGGUUACUGUCACAGUGUGGACUUACUUAGAACCAGAAGAUCUUGAAAGUACACUUCUUUAUUUUAAUUUUGUCUAAAGCCAAACAUACAGCUGAGUAAUUGUUUUGCUUUUUCAUCUAUGUUAUAUGUUUUGUAUUAUCACAAAACAGUUUAAGUUUAGUGAAAAACAGUUUUAAAAGAAGCAUUUAUAACAAGCACAAAAAAGGUCCACACCAUGAAACAGCAAAUCUUUAAUAUUUAUCACACAUUUACGGUUGUACAGUUGGAUAAACCUUAAUAAUUUACGUCAAAAAGUAAAUAUGUAAUAGAUAAUUUAUGACAAACAAUAUGCACAUUUGUUUCAUUUAUACUUACCAUAAAGGAUCCACUUUUCAAAUCAUAGGCUGUGCUGGCAAACCAAUCAUUAUCUUCAUCAGCUGUCUGUGUUUGCCCAUCCUCUCUCCGGCGGAGUCCAGUAAGACGUUUGACAAAUAUCUGAUGUGUGGAAAUUCUGGUUCCUUCAUUUAAGUCUGUUAAUGUCAAAUGUAUAUUAUAAGGGAUACACCUGCUUACAUUUCCAUCUAUUAACAUUAACACUCUGGAAUUGAUGAUAAACUGCAAGGCAAUAUUAUUGUGUUAAAUAUGUAAUAAAAUAACAGUAAGAACAAAAGCUUAAUGGGAAAUCAGCGUUUGAUUACGUAGUAGGUAUAGUAGCGUCUGUUGUUGUCUGAUUAAACAUUUGCCAUUACUUGGAAAAUGUGUGAAAAGCCAAGAUUCAGAGAUUAAAAUUAAUUGUCUGAUUACCA